ACCAGAGGCUCACUUGUCGUGUGACUUCUACGGGAGUCCCUCUAAACACGCUCCUCGAGAAUUCGCAAGUCUCCGCCGCCCCCGAAAAAACACAGAAAGCACAGGUGCGCGCACCCCCGGGCCAAACAAACAAAACAGAGUAUGGUGAAGUCCACGGGACAGUGCAUCGCUCUCCUGAAGGAAUCGAUACACCUGUUCGAGGAGCCCGUGCAGGAGGGACAACAACACAUCUUCGUCGUGCUCGGCGCUUCGGGGGACUUGGCAAAGAAAAAAAUUUACCCAACGUUAUGGGCACUGUUCCGAGACGGUUUAUUACCACAGAAAACAAAGUUCGUUGGUUAUGCUCGCACCAAGAUGACCUUGGAGGAGCUGUGGGCGAAGAUUGUUCCUUUUCUAAAAGUGAAGGACGAAGAAAAGAGCAGGUUUGCCGAGUUCACCCGUGCCAACUCGUACUUGUCGGGCAAGUACGAUGAGAGCGGUGACUUUGUAGUUCUCAACAAGGCGAUGGAAAAACUUGAAGGCAAUUCCGGUGGUAACCGAAUGUUUUACAUGGCCCUGCCACCAACAGUUUUCCAGCAAGUUGCCAGCAACAUCAAGCAGCAUUGCAUGAGCAAGCAGGGCUGGACCCGUGUUGUGAUUGAGAAGCCAUUUGGCCGGGACUCGCAAUCAUCGGCUGAACUUUCCAACCACCUGGCCGCGCUAUUUGAAGAGUCUCAGAUAUACCGCAUCGACCACUAUCUUGGCAAGGAGAUGGUCCAGAAUCUCAUGGCAAUUAGGUUUGCCAACCAGAUCUUCGGUCCUACGUGGAACAGAAACAACAUUGCCAGUAUUGUCAUAUCAUUCAAAGAGCCAUUUGGAACGCAAGGCCGAGGUGGUUACUUUGACAACUUUGGUAUUAUCAGGGACGUUAUGCAGAACCACCUGCUGCAAAUUAUGUCCCUCGUCGCCAUGGAGAGGCCAGUGUCUACAAAUGCAGAGGACAUCAGGAAUGAGAAGGUAAAAGUGCUCAAGUGCGUUCCCCCGAUCACCAUGGACAACGUGGUAUUGGGCCAGUACGUGGGUAAACCAGGCGGCACUGGAGAAGAGACCCAGGGCUACCUGGAUGACCCCACUGUGCCAAAGGGCUCCCACACGGCCACUUAUGCCACAGCAGUAGCCUACAUCAACAACGAGCGCUGGGAAGGAGUGCCCUUCAUCCUUCGAUGUGGCAAAGCACUGAAUGAGCGUAAGGCAGAAGUGCGAAUCCAGUACAAGGAAGUUGCUGGCGACCUCUUUGCCGGGGAGAGCAAGCGCAACGAAUUGGUAUUGAGGGUGCAGCCUGAUGAGGCCAUCUACGUCAAGUUCAUGACCAAGAAACCUGGAAUGGCCUUCGACAUUGAGGAGACCGAGCUGGAUCUCACCUAUGGCAGUCGCUACAAGGGUAUGGUCAUGCCGGAUGCUUACGAGCGUCUCAUUCUGGAUGUGUUCUACGGCAGUCAGGUGCACUUUGUGCGCAGCGAUGAAUUGGCCGAGGCGUGGCGUAUUUUCACACCCCUCCUGCAUCAAAUUGAUAAGGAGAAGCCCAAACCAGUGCCUUACGAGUAUGGCAGCCGAGGCUUCAAGGAGGCGGACGAUCUCUGGAAAAGGGCGGGCUUCAAGUUUUACGGCACAUACCGUUGGACUAAAGCUUAAAAUCCAUCCUUGCUUAUUUAUAAUUAUCAUAUACAUAUAAAAAAAACAUUUGCAAAAAGAAGCAGAAAAUAUGCCUCUUCAGUUGUUCUUUUUCAAAAAUAAACAUUGAUUCUCAAGU